AGGAGGGAUAUUAAAAUGACAAAUGAGUGCUAAUUUUGUUUUUAUCACGUAUGUCAUAGAAUAAUUAUAUGGUUAUAAUCAAUUAUUUAAAGUGUGGUUGUUGAGAUUUUUUUUGUGAACACUGAGAUUGUGCUUAAAGAAACGUAACUCUUAUGUGUUAAAAACAAGUCCACCUGUACCUAAUGACCAGAAACUUUAACGGGGGAAAAAUGGACGUUUUUCAGAGAUGACAUCCUCCCCUGGUGCAAGUCCGCAAACCCCCAAGGAGAGAGAGGACUGAAGGACACAGGGCUAUCUUAGGCUGAAGCCACCAGGUGGUCCGCCAAGAGCAUGACGUCUAAAAUUGAUAAUCCCCCACCGUAUGAGGAAGCUCUGCACCAUCCCAAGUAUGGAAACUAUCCCCACCAGCCACAACAUGGCUCCCCUCUUCCGCCACCUCCAUCUUACACCCCGAGUCCUGGCAUGUGCCCCGGCCCACCUGGCUACUGGGGCCAGGAGGGUGUCUACCCGCGUGCUGGGAUGUGGGCAGCCCCUGGCUUCUCUCCGACAGGGCUGCCGACCACAAUACCAACUCUGUCUGCCGGAGUGCCUGCAAACAACCCAGGAGAGAUGGAGGAUUUUCUAAGCACCCAGUGGGAGAGCACAUCCAUCCGGCAUGCCUUCAUUAGAAAGGUUUACUUAAUUUUAGCCAUGCAGCUUGCCGUCACCUUUUCAGUUGUUGCCGUCUUUACAUUUGUUGACCCAGUGAGGCUGUUUGUCAUCAGAUACCCUGGCAUCUACUGGGCAUCUUUCGCGGUUUAUUUUGUGGUUUACUGCAUUCUCGUCUGCUGCAAAGAGCCGAGGAGGCGCUUCCCAUGGAAUCUCGUGCUGCUGGGAGUAUUUACUCUCGCCUUGUCUUACAUGUGUGGAACAAUUUCGAGCUAUUAUGAAACAAAAGCAAUCUUCAUCGCCAUGGGAAUAACUGGGGUAGUGUGUGUAGCUGUCACAGUCUUCUGCUUCCAAACCAAGGUGGACUUCACCUCCUGCGGGGGAUUUCUCUGUAUUGCUGCUGUUUUACUCAUGAUCGUUGGGAUUGUAACGGCCAUCGUGCUCUCCUUCCAAUAUGUCCCCUGGCUGCAUAUGCUCUACGCUGCAAUUGGAGCCAUCGUUUACACUCUGUUUUUAGUAUACAACACCCAGCUUCUUAUUGGCAAUCGGGAGUUGGCCAUCAGCCCGGAGGAGUACGUCUACGGAGCACUCUCCCUCUACAUAGACAUUGUUCACAUCUUCCUCUUCAUCCUUCAAAUCAGUGGAGCUGCUAAUGAAUAAGCCCCCUGGUUAACACACAGCUACGAGUUUGUACUUUCAUGUUGUUGUUUUUUUUUUUGUUACAUGAAAGAUAAUGCUACAUGCACACGUGUGUCAAUUCCAACAUUGCUAGCUGGUGGUGGAACAACUCGAUGGUUCAUUUAACCAUAUAUAAGUUUAUUUUUUACAUCAGUAACACUUGAGCACUUUGAUUUAUUCUUGCACUAGAUUGAGGCAGGGCAGUGAAUAAAGUUAGAACAACUGUGAAUGAUGACAGAAACUAAAGCGUUGCCCUUUGUAAAGUUAUGUAAUAUUUUGUUUUUUUGUUUCAGCAAGUAAUAUUUUAGUAACUCAUGCGUGCUUUAUGUAUCCAUUAGAGGGUUAGAACGCUGUGAAUGAUUACUUCUAUCAAAUGUUAUCAGUAACAGACACACAAUUCAUUCAAACAUGGAGACCAAGUAUACUGUUUUGGAUUUUUUUUUUUUUUUUUAAUUAUUUGUCUUUAGUCCCCUAAUGACAUACAAAACACCUGGAGUUACAGUUAUAGACAGCAACCAUUAGUCCUUAGUCAGUGCUGGUAUAAGGAGCGACUCAGAACUGUAUUAAGGUAGUUUUAUAACAUCUCCAUAGAAAAGAACUUAGACAAACACUGACUUGUCAAUUAAAUGAUGGAUUAAGUCUCUGCAGUUUUACAGCAACUUCCUCACACCGCUGGCCAACUCCUCUUUCUCUUUCAUGUGUUUCUUAUUUGUUGCUGUAAGACAACUACGUACACCAAUCAAUAAAGUACACCCUACUACCUUGCA